AUGAGUUUAAAGCAAUUGGUAUUGACACUAUCGCCAUUACUACUCCUUACUACUCCCACAGCAGCUGAUAGUUGGUCGUCACUAGGAUGUUUCAAAUCCUCAGACGUAUCCUCCCUCACUUCAAAAGGCUCAUACACUUACCAAUCUUCAGGAUACUGCGAAGAACAAUGCUCAGGCAAGAGAAUAGCAGCAUUGAUCAACGGUAACCAAUGCUAUUGCGGUGACACCGACCCUACAAACAAAGCCAGUAGCUCCAACUGUGACUCAAAAUGCUAUGGCUACGGCCUGGAAAACUGUGGUGGAAGCGGAUACUACACCGUCUACGUCAAUGCCGAUGUCGAUAACCUGGAGAACAACGAAUCUAGUUCUAGUAGUACCAGCUCAAGUAGUACCCGUACUAGCAGCAGCAGCAGCAGUAGUAGUAGUUCAACAAGCACGCAAAGUCCAUCGACUAGCACAGUAGUACAAACAACAACUGCAUCUCCAACAGAGAACAACGAGACCACAGAAUCAGAAUCAGAAACACCAACGACAACAGAAUCUAGUGCAGCACCAGAAACCACAACAUCAGUGCAAUCCUCAGUUGAAGCUACCACUAUUAUCUCAACAGUGAUGAAUUCCCAAAGUAGCGGCAAACAAUCAGUCAUUUAUCGUACAGUGAUUGAAACUCCAUCUCUAGCAUCGACCUCCAGUACCAGUAGUAGUAGUAGUGCUAGUGCUACAACCACACCUCCAUCAUCUUCAGGAAUUGCUCUAGCAAGCUCAACUUCAUCAAGUUCUGGAUCAGCUGCAGAUGCAUCAGCUACACCAACCUCCACUUCACACAAGAAGGGCACUUCAGGAGGUGUCAUUGCCGGUGCCGUGGUUGGAUCAGUUGCCGGAGUAGCGGCAAUCGCAUUCCUCAUAUUUGGGUUCCUUUGGUACAGAAAGAGAAGACACAAUGAUUACGACUCAGACGAUGAUGCAUUUACAUUAUCUGGUCCAGAAAAAUCAGCUGGUUUCUCUCAACCACAGCCACCACCUUCUUCCUCAGAUCCACAGGGCCCCAACCCAUUCUUACUAGCUGGAGGAUACGCUUUCGACACGUCCCAACAGGAAGACCCAGCACUUUCACGAAAUGGCUCACAGCAGCAAUCACUUAAUCACCACCACAAUGAUUUUGUUGGUAAUAACAACAAUAAUAACAACAAUAACAACAACAACACAUCGCCACGAGGGCAAAACGGCAUCAGUGCUAUAAAUGCUACGCCACGAUCAAAUAUACCAGAGCAUAGGUACAGUUCAAGUGGAGGAACAAGCGGAAACUCGUAUCCUCACGAAGACUAUGCCGGUGCAGCAUAUUAUGAUACAAAUAGCGGACAAUACAGCUACCCAAACCGUGCAGGCAGCAACGCAGGUAGCAGUAAUGGCAUUAUCACUGGAAACGGCAAUGGAAACUCACAUGCAUAUGGAUCACUACUUACCAACGGAGGAGCAGGAACAGGAGCAGGAACAGCAGACGGAUUGGGCUUAGGCGCAUUGCCACAACCAGAAAUUGGAAGGAGAAAAUUGAGUAAUGGGUCAUUACCAGAUAUGAUUGCUAGAGAACCAGGAUCAUUAAAAGUUGUCAACAACUAG